UUCAUAGAACGACGAUUCGCGGCGCGGGGCUGCGAGAGCGGAAACAUAUACAGGAAGUGUGUUUGUUGUGUAGGGAGUAGGGACCAGAGAGGGAAGAUGAUAAAGCUGACAAGACGGUGGAUUAAGUCUCGCAGAGAUGGAGGCGAUGAUAAGUUAUCUCUCCCUACCCGCGACGAUCCGUCACUCGACGAUUCUCGUCCUAUCGACACCAAAGAACAAGAGAAUAUGGUUCUAUACUUCGAAAGGAAACAAGCUGAACAGAGUUUUCUCUGGAGGAGUGUGUUUGCGGCCUUCCUCUGUUGCUUUGCAACAUUUUUGGUGUUCUCCAUCUUGUAUCAAGCUUUAUAUCCGUGGGAAUUGCGCUACCAUGCUUACUUCAUGGAUGAGAUUGACUCAUGGGUUGUCAUUUCUGCAGAUUCAGUAGCUGUUUUUGCCUGCUUGAUGGCAAUUUUUGGGCUACUUCAAAGUUCGGAGUCACAUCGGCAGUGGAUUUGGUACUCCUGCUAUUGUGGCAUAUUACUAGCAGUCUUCUGGUUAUAUUACAUGCUGAGGAUGCCAAAGUUCCGGUGGGAUAUAGUAUGGCUUCCAUUUGGGCCUUUGAGUGCUGCUGGAAUCUGCCUAUAUGUGGACCAUCUACUUACUGAGUCAUCUAAAGAAGUAAGAAAGCUACGUAACUACAUGUAUGCCUACAAAACCACCUAACAAUUAAGGUCGAGAUUUUGAUCCUUCCGCUUCGACUUUGAGAAAGAUAAAAUAGUUGUUUCUGAACUUGAGUAGUGGAUCCAUUUAGCAGCAUUGAACUAUUGAAGGGUUUUUAGUAGUGGAUCCAUCUGCACCAUAAGGAGUUCCUGCCAACCUUUUCUUGGUUGCUGGCAUUCACUGCUUCAUCCUUGAACAUACUCCAUAUAUGACCUCCCCUGUAUAUAAAACUGAUUAAUGGAAAAUUGAGCAUUGUAGAUUUUUUUUUCCUUUCCUGGAUUGCUUUUUGUUGUUGUAGGGAAAUUGAUGGAUUGAAUGUAAAGGCGGUUGAUUACUUAAAUUAUUGAGUUGGAGGUGGUUUAUUUUUGAGACUACAAAGGGCGUGCCCUCAUGGAGCCCAACAUCUUAAGUUGAUA